AUGCCUAAGGCUGCAACCAAGAAGGGCGCAAAGGCUACCCGCCGCGCGAAGAAGGACCCCAACGCGCCCAAGCGUGGUCUCUCCGCUUACAUGUUCUUCGCCAACGAGCAGCGUGAGAAUGUCCGUGAGGAGAACCCUGGUAUCACCUUCGGUCAAGUCGGCAAGCUGCUCGGAGAGCGCUGGAAGGCCCUCAACGAGAAGCAACGUGCUCCUUACGAGGCCAAGGCUGCCGCUGACAAGAAGCGAUACGAGGAUGAGAAGCAGGCGUACAACGGAAGGCGACCAUUUGCUUUGCGGACGGCACUGGAAGGCAUCAUGUUUGAGGACGAUGCCCAUUCGUCCUGGGCAAGUGAGGUCCCCUACGCUGCGAUUGACGAGAUCUACAGUGAAGACAGUCCCAGUGUCCCGGGAGUUGAGCUACUCAGGGUUCUCGACCCGACAGCAUCGGCUUGUGGACCUGCCCCCUUGUCCCCACAUCCUGCCUCGCUGCUUACACGCCAGCACGCGAUGGUCCGCAGCCGCCAUCAUUGUCGCCAGCUCGCGUUUUUCCACGGCCCGGUCUGGGUCGGCUGGCUGGCAUCUCCGUCCCGACAGCUCAUGGAUUUGGAGCAGCAAAUAUGGAGCAAGUCGCGACCCGACUGGCAAUAUACGGUAGCAACGAGGAUCUUCUACCGCGUCACCUGGGAGUUCCCCUUCGUGGACGAGCAACAUCGCAGAGUUCUCGUUGAGAAACGUCACACAAGACAUGAUGCAUCCACGUGCAGCAAGGGCUCUGACAUUACCUUGAUGGGCUAUAACAAGAGGAGAACCGAGUCUCUUUACCCGACCAUACGAUCCUAUAUGACACGACGUGUUGUCGUGGGCGAUACCACCCACGGUGCAAAUUACUAUCGCCGAAAGCCAAUGUCACGCAGCACCGAGUUGUUCCAGACCACCUCCAGCAUGGUCGAGCGGGACGGCGAUUCUCCCAGUGCUGCGGGCCAAUGCGACCCGGCCCUCGAGCUGCGCAGGCGAUUCGCCCGCCGGGUCACUCACUUGCAUUAG